AUGCUGCCGGCCGUGGCCAAGCUGUGCUGUGGAAUCUCCUACCCGCACUUACGGAGCAUGACAGGGCUGCAGCGUGUGGCCGUGGCUGCGUUGGGGCAGGAGAUUGCACACAGGCAGAAAGUGGGACAGAUGCCUCUUCCAGCCUGGGCCAGUUGUGGGAGAUGGUCUUGGGGCAACAGCAGUGAAAAGACCGAGCGGGCGGUCGGCCAACAUGACGGCAUGGACGAGAUGGACCUUUCCUACCGGCGUCAGGGGCAGCAGGCUCUGCGGGAAGCUCUGGAGAUUGUGCAGGACACUGACGGAUGGAGGAUGGAAAUGAGUGAGGAAAGCGGAGAUGCCAUCUACAGUAAAGUUCUCCAUGGGAACCACAAGGUGUUCAGGCUAGAGGCAGAGCUGGAGGCUUCACCUGAGGAGUUAUAUGACAUUUUGUUUGUGAAGGUGGAGGAGAUGCACCGGUGGAAUCCCAGCAUCGGACAAAUCAAAGUUCUGAAACACACAGGGAAGGAAACCAUGGUAACGUACGAGGUGUCGGCAGAGACGGUGGGGAAUCUGAUCGGUCAGAGGGACUUCCUGAGCGUUAGGCAUUCGCUAAAGACAGCAGAGUGCAUUUACCUGGGUGGAGCUGCCACUCACCUGGAGACCCACCCCCCUCAGCCGGGAUUCAUCAGAGCGGAGGACGGCCCCACCUGCAUCAUAAUCCAGCCUUCGGCCCACUGCGCAGGAAAGAGCAGGUUUACAUGGCUCCUCAAUAUGGAUGUGAAGGGCUGGAUUCCUAAAUCCCUGGUGAACCAGGCUCUCCCACGAGCUCAGCUGGACUUCACCAAGCACCUGCGGCGGCGUCUGGCAGCAGGGGGGCAUGAGCCUGCACCUGCAACCGACACACACUCAUGA